GGUCCAUUAUAUACUGUCUAUGGUACCAGCCUUUUAUAUAUGUCAAUGGUACCAGCACGGAUGUUUUGGAUGAUUGUACCUCCUCGUCUCCUUGAUCCCAUGGAUGGCUUAUCCGUCAGUCGAUCUCAGCACAGGACGUCCCAAAAAUGCAUCUGCCGCGAGGAGAAGAAACGAGGUUUGGACACAGUGAGAAACUAUAUAUCCAAAGCAGUUCUCCCUGCUACGAUACAGGACUGGACACACUAAAACUCAAAGCAUCUAUCAAACUUUGACCUGUGGCUGGCAGUAAUAUGCUUAGCAGCGUAUACUGCCUGAAUGAUUUUUGGGAGGUGUGGUGCCUCCGAAAUUAAUAAAUCACCUGACUGCCGAGCCUUAAACGAGUUUACCACAUUCAGAUCAGAAAUUGUUGAGGUGGGUGGUUCAACCUGCUGAGUGUUGUCGAAAAAAGGAAAACGAAACCAAACAAUGUGAGCUGUUGUCGUUUUGUCAGUUAACGAGCGGAUGUCCAAUCUUGAAAUAUUUUCGAACCGAAGACCACAGACCAAGAGGAGAAACAUGUCUGCUGCAAGAAAGGAACUCCAGGAGGCCUUGUGCUGCUACACCGAAGAUACCCUCAUCUACAUCGACACAGUGAGAAAAUUCUGUGAGAGGAAACCCAAAUGGAUGCUUGGGAGGGAGACAGAGUUGGAAAUGAUGUGGGACAUCAAAGACAGGGCUGACAACAAAGGUGAGGGCUUUUGGGAAUAUAUGAAGAGCAAGGCGACCCAGGUGACUGCAGACAGCAGGCGUGCAGAGCUGGAGACGGAGCUGGCUGCUGUGCUGAAGGACACUCUGAGAGGCCUGGAGAAGCUCAACUGCUUUCUGGAUGCUGUGGAGAAUCUUUCGGUCACCUCACUUCAUGUGUUCAUGGAGGAGAACCAGGUGUUCCAUCUGCCAGAAGGGAUCAGUCCUGAACAUGUUCAGGUUGUCAUCUCUGCUGCACGGAUAAUCUGCCCUCAUCUCCUCGAGUUUAAAAGCGAUACAAGUGUUUUCUUCCUUCCUAAACUUCAGAAUGUGGAAGUGCUGGCAUAUCAGCUGGACAGUUACAUAAAGACCACCCAGAAAAUCUGCGAGAAGUUAGAGAAAAGCUCCUUAAGUGACUUUUACCUGGAGAUGAAUAAUGAAUCUCUGGUGGACCUCGAUGUGGAUUUGUCUGAAGAUGACAUACAAAGGAUGCUUCAUCACAUUAAUCAGCUUGAUGAAAUCAGGAUGAACCAGAGCUUCCGUAUGGUGUUCUUGUAUCAGGACGAGCCGUGUUCUGACUUCAUCGAUAUGUUCAGCGAGCGACAGCCCCGGAUGCUGCAGUUCCUAAAAGACCUGGAGGAGAAUGCUGUUCAGCUCGACAGGAUGAACACGGGGGCAAGGAUCUCCAGUGUGGCUGGCAGCUCAGUGGGGGCAGUUGGAGGUGUGCUUUCCAUCAUUGGUUUGGCAUUAAGUCCUGUAACAGCUGGAGCGUCUUUAGUGCUGACAAUGACUGGGGUAGGGCUGGGAAUUACCAGCGGAGUCAACAGUGCUGUCACCACUGCCACAGAGAUUGGAGUAAACGUUACACAACAGAAGAAAGCCAGUGAAGUCUUCCAGAGCUUCAUGAAGGAUAUGCAUGAUCUGCAGGAUUGUCUGAAGGUUGAGAUCAAAGAGGGAACCAGCCCGAUAGAUGUGGUUGUGGGAGUUGGCAAGGUGAUUUCAAAUGCUGCCUCUGCUGUAAAGAUGUUAAAAAGUGAGGAGCUGAUUGCAAGUGCUGGCAAAGUGGCAGUGCAGGAAGUAAAAGCCUUACGUAAUGUGCCCAGGGUGGCAGCAGAUAUCCCAGAUAUCGGACAGGCAGCAGUCAAAGGGCCUCUUGCUCUCUCCAAGUCAGCCAGGGCCGGGCUCAUCGGGCUCAAUGCUCUUUUCCUCGGCAUGGAUAUCUUCUUCAUCUGUAAGGACAGCAUCAGUCUGGCCAAAGGCAGCAAAUCUGAAGUCUCUCAGUUCAUCAGAGCCAGAACUGCACUUUGGCGCUCAGAAUUGGAUUCAUUGCAGAAGAUCCAUGACUUCCUGUGUGAAGGUCAGCUGACAUCAGAGGAAAACAAAGCUAUCCUGGAGACCCCAUUUUAUCCAGAGAAGGAGAUGAAGAAAGAAAGAAAAACAGAAAUGGAAAUUAAUUUUGAUGAAGUGGAUGAAAAACAAAAAAUGUUUUGUGUAAUACAGUAGUGCUCAGUAAACAGAGACAAUUACUGCAUUUGUGGCAACAAUCACAAUGUGACAACUCUGACACUUUGAUCAGAUAUGACAUUUAUUUAAACUCUGCUUACAGUUCACCGUUCAGCAUUAAACGUUUCGUAUUAAACACAUUUUUCUCAUA